AUGGAAGCGGGGGCUUUUGCUCAUGCUGCUACUAUUGAGCCAAUCGAAUCGCGGGACCGGGUCGACGAGGUGGACGAGUUUCCCACGUCUGAUUAUGACGCCGAGUCUGUCAGCUUUCAGGCUGCGAGCUUGAAUUCGAGUAUAUAUCAACACUUUUAUGAGAAUGGAAGGCGGUAUCACCACUACCGGCAUGGGACGUAUCCGAUCCCAAAUGAUGAUGCCGAGCAGAACCGAGAUGAUAUGAAGCAUGUAAUGAUGCUUGAACUUACUGAUGGCAAGCUAUUCUUCGCCCCGGUCGGUAAUAAUCCACAGAAGGUCCUGGACUUGGGCACUGGGACUGGCUCUUGGGCUAUUGAAGUGGCCGACAUGUACCCCAGCGCUUCCGUCGUUGGUGUUGACCUCAGUCCUAUACAGCCCUUAUGGGUGCCACCGAACCUGAAAUUCGUUGUCGACGACAUAGAAGAUUCAUGGAUGCUUGGAGAUGGUUAUGACUUUGUGCACAUGCGCUGUAUCAGUCCGUGGUUGAAAGAUCAACCAACUGUUCUUCAACAAGCGCAUGAACAUCUUAAUCCGGGAGGGUGGAUAGAAAUCCAGGAGCUCGAUGCUCGUGCACACUGCGAUGAUGGAUCUCUUCCGCCUGACUCCUCCCUAAGCAAAUUCUUUGACACAGCCGAGGCUGCUGAUCAGAAGCUACGCCUAAUAGGACUGUACUGUCGGACUGCCGUGGAGGACAUGUUUGGAGCCAUGGCUGCCAAACCUUUCCGACGGAUUAUGGAGGCCAAGGACAUUGAGGCAUUCCUAACGGCGGCGAGAAAGGAUCUCUAUGAUACAGAGAUUCAUACAUACGAGAAGUACUAUUUUUGGAUGGGACAGAAACCGCUGGUUUAA